AGGCUAACGGGAAAUUUUUUCUCUUCCUGAACGGCGUGUCCCAAUUCGACAAACACUGGGCAGGCAGCUACUGAUAAAGUUAAUGUCAGAAAAGAAUAAGUCAACCUCUUUGUGUUAGAAAUGGCCACUUCAAACAGCAAAGGAAAAGUCGCCAUCAUUGGCAGUGGUUUGAUAGGAAGAUCUUGGUCUGUGAUUUUCUCCAGUGCUGGUUUCAAUUUUGCAUUGUAUGACACGGUAGCCAGUCAACUGACUAAUGCAUUGACAAGUAUUGAGUCCCAGCUGCAUGAUAUGGAGAUAAAAGGGUUAAUGCGUUGUCCAGGCAUGGCCGCUGAGGAGGCGUUUAAGUUAGUUACCAGCUAUGACGACCUUGUAAAGGCAUUGGAUGGAGCCAUGUAUGUCCAGGAAUGUACUCCAGAAAAUCUUGACCUCAAGAAAAAAGUUUUUGAAAACUUGGAUAGAAGUAUUACUUCUGAUGAUGUGAUAUUAGCUAGUUCCACAUCCUGUAUAGUGCCGUCGAAGUUCACGGAAGCUUUGAAGCAUCGCAGUCAGUGUAUUGUAGCCCAUCCAAUAAACCCUCCAUAUUAUGUACCACUGGUGGAGGUUGUUCCUGCUCCUUGGACAGACAGUAAAGUUACAGACCAGACAGUCGCUCUAAUGAAACAGAUUGGCCAGUCACCUGUGGUAACCAAGAAAGAAGUGAAUGGAUUUGUUUUGAAUCGUUUGCAGUAUGCUGUUAUCAUGGAGUCUUGGAGAUUGGUGGAGGAUGGCAUUUGUACACCUGAAGAUAUCGAAACAGCAGUGACAGAUGGUCUUGGACUACGUUACGCUCUGAUUGGUCCAUUUGAAACUAUGCAUCUAAAUGCCAAUGGAAUCAGAGAUUACUGUGAGAGGUACGGAGAAAACAUUGUGCGUGUGUGCGAAGAAGAAGGAGGACCGCGGAAAUUAGCUGGUGCUACUUUGGACAAGAUUGAAAAGGCGUUCAAUGAAAGCAUUCCUUUAGAUCAACUGAAUGAGAGAAGGAAUUUACGAGACAAGAGACUAGCAGCACUGGCUCAGCACAAACAUCAGGAGAAAAGUGAGAACGGUGCCGUGUGAAGCCACAAGAUCUGACUCGCACGGAGAGGAGAGGAAUUAAAGAUCACGAAUGUAAAUGGAAGAGAUAAAAAAAAAGAAAGAAAGAAGAAAAGAAAAAGAGAACAAAGAUAAGUGCGGUAAAGAUGGCUUUGUGCACGCUAAAUUAAUGGAACAAAAUUGGAGCAGGUUUUGAAUAAAUAUAAAAUGCAGCUAAUUAACUCUAAGUUAUAAUUUAAAAUGAAUUAAACUAUUUUUGUAUCGCAGUUGUGCUGUAACUGAUUUUUCUCUAUCAAUUUUUGGAUGAAUGAAUGUUUAUAAGUACAUACGAAUAAAGCGUUGCUAUUUCAGUUCAA